AUGCCUAUCACUAUCACCACCGCCAGUCAUACAGCUCGGAAAUGGAAACAGCCGAAGGCCUCGACUGCUGAAGAGCUGUUCCAACACUCAUGUCCAAAGGAUUAUCAGUGUAGCCGGGGACUGAUACAACAAUCCUUUUCAAACGAUAUUUUUCAUGCGAAUCAUAUCACCGCCUCUCACCAUGGGUUCGUUUGGGCCGUGUUCCACGCAUACAGCUAUCAUCACCACUUGACUAUACGACCUGAAGAUGUGUGGUUCUCUAUCCUUACUCAGCUCAACUUCUUCAUUAACGCACAUGCGGAAGAAAUGCGAUCUUCUUUUGUUGCACAUGAAGGCCAAAAAGAGCUGCAAGUACGCGGUAUAGGGUCAAUUGCGACCGUGGACUUCGGUGCUUUGGCCUCGCGUAUGACCGAGGAGAUCGAAAAGAACGUGGUGGAUGAAGAGUUACGAUCCUGGGUUAUGCCAAACUUUACCACAACAACCGAAUCCGAUAAAGUGGUCGCGGCCAUUUUAAUGAUGGGCUCUUUGCAGAAGUACUUUGCGUAUAAGAUAUUCCUUAUGUGUGGUAUCCCGUCCGUCACUCUGUUAGGCGAGCGUGAGGAUUGGAUAGUCCUCGUGAAGAAGCUCGAGAAGCUACAUCAGCUCGGAGACGAACCUGCACGGUUUGCUCAACUUCUUCGUCCAAUUCUUAAUAAUUUUGUUAAGUGCUUCGACAGCCCAGAGAUUGGGUUAGACUUCUGGAGCAGAUGUGCCCACAAAGAGUCUAUGGGCAGUGGGCCGUCCUAUUUGUCUGGUUGGCUUUCAGUCUUCUGUUUCUGGAAUGAAGAUGGACAAAGGACGCACCGAGAGACAAUAAAUCAUAAGUCGAGUCCCGAGUUUGAGAAACAAAGCACUGAAUUUGGAUUAGAUCAAACAUUGUCGCGUCGAAUUGAUAUUGAUGAUAUCCCAUCUGGCUUCGCCUCGGUUCCGGUUACUGUCAACGACAAUGGAGUCGAAUACAGCACAAUGAUGGUCGCUGGACUUAUCGGAAUUCAGGCAACACUAAGUGUAUCCUUGUCGGAUGGUACAAAAGAUCAGAAUGAUGGUAGUUCGCAUCCUCCGGGUGAAGAGGCUGUAAUUGAUUCCAUCCAGCCAGUAUCAGGAUGGUUCAUGUACGAAAAAGGAGAAGGGAUGGAACAAAAGGAGUGA